UAGAACUACUUUUCUUUGCGAUCUUCAUUGUUAUCAUCAACCGGACCCCCAACUCCAAUAAAGGCUCCGAAGUUAGGAAGAAGAUGGUCCUCGAAAGAUCCUUCGCCCCGGGAUACGGAGGUCCCACCGCCGGUGUCAUCAACUACACUUCGAGCGAAGACAAGUUUGUCCCUCGAGAGCCUCUAUUCUCGUAUACAUACUCACCUGCUCCAGAUGGUAGGCCCCAGACAAACGCUCGUUAUGAACCAACAGAGGUCAUAAUCAAUGACAUCCGUGACGACCCCAGUCUCACCCUUGAGGCCGCAGGGUUCCAGCAUAUCACAUCCGAGUCGACAUUGAGCGAGGCGGAAUUUCAGUCGCUGGACACUAACCUCGAGGAGGCGCCAGCGGACCUUGCUGAAAAUCAAGUGCUGGCGAGGUAUCAUGCAGAAGUAGAAGGGAUACUUCGGCGAGCUAUCCCUAACGCCAAACGAGUCAUCACCUACAACCAGCGAGUACGGCUGCACACCCCCAAAACCGGCUUGAAUGGGUACGACUUUACAUCGCCCAAGAACUUUCCUCUUCUGAGACCGCAUAUCGACCUGUCGCCUGAGAGUGCGGCGGAGCUGGUCGAGUCCCUCGCAGGGAUCGGACAUCGAGCCUUCAUCGUCAAUGUCUGGCGUCCGAUCCGUGGUACUGUUCUUGAUGCGCCACUAGCUGUGACCGACGCUCGGUCUCUUUCCCAAGAAGCAAAAAUUCACACUCGCUUCGUAUAUCCUGAACGGGAAAAGGGCUCUUACUCGAUCCAAAACAAAGGCGACAUCAAGUGGUACUUCAUCUCUGCGCAGGAACCUUCAGACGUCUUGUUGUUCAAGCAAUACGACUCUGAGAAUCCUGGUCAUGUUGUGGGGCACACAGCAUUCCUGGAUGAGAGGUUUGAUGGUCAGCCGGGGGUGGUGCCUAGAUGGAGUAUCGAGACGAGGUCUGUUGUGAUUCUUGAGUGAUUUGCGAACGGUGGAUCCUCAUUCAGGUGGGG